AUGGAACGAACCGAACAACUCACCUUUGUGGUAAUCAACAUUCCCUCCAACUAUGAUGUUAUCGUAGGAAGGCCAUGGCAGAGUGUGUUUGGGAUGGCAGUUUCGGUUGGUCAAGGCACUGUGAAGUUUCCUACUAAAAGGGGGAUAACAACCCUUCAACCUACCCAAGAAGCUUUCUUGGUUGAUGGAGAAAGUUCAAAGAAGAAUGAAGAAGAUGAGCAAGGAUGGAUUAUAAACCUAACAUAUCCUCAACAAAGGGUAAGCGUAAAUACCAACCUCACUGAGGACACUCUCGCAUACCUCAAAAUUUUGCUCUUACACAACAUUGACAUCUUUGCAUGGUGUCCUGAAGACAUUACCGGUAUCCCCCGAGACAUCGCUAAACACGAGCUUCAGAUUCCCCCUGAUGUGAAACCCAUUGUCCAACAAAAGAGAAGCCUGGCUCCAGAUAGAAGCCUUGCAGCCUGUCAGGAGGUUGAAGGGAUUGUUCAAGCCGGAAUCCUCCAAGAAAUCAAAUAUCAUUCUUGGAUAGCCAAUCCGGUAAUGGUUCGCAAACUUGAUGGGACUUGGAGAAUAUGCAUCGACUUCAAAGACCUAAAAAAGCAUGCCCAAAGGAUUGCCACCUUUGCCAUUUAUCAACGACUGGUGGACAAAGUGUUUGCCAGGAAAAUUGGUAAGAACAUGGAGGCCUACGUUGAUGAUUUGGUAAUUAAGAGCAAGACAGAAGGUCAAAUGCUUGAUGACAUACAAGAAACUUUCCGGAACCUAAGAAAGAUUAACAUGACGCUUAAUCCAGUCAAGUGUUCGUUUGGUUUCGAAGAAGGCAAGUUUCUAGGGCACAUUGUGGGAAAGCAAAGCAUUAAAGCCAAUCCCAAGAAGGUCAAAGCCAUCCUUGACACGAAAUCCCCACAAAGCAAAAAAGAAGUGGAAAGAUUAAAUGGAAAGCUUGCAGCCUUGAAGUGUUUCACGUCAAAAGAACUGAUCUCUGACUAUCUUUCGGUUGCUGAGGAAGCCAUAAGUUCGGUUCUGACCACUAAACGAAAUAAGGCUCAGGUACCCGUUUACUUCUUCAGUAAAACAUUAAAAUUAGCAGAGAUCAAGUAUCCUCCUUUGGAAAAACUUGCCCUAGCCCUAAUCAAAACAGCUAGAAGGCUUCGAAGGUAUUUUCAAGCACACCCUAUAAAAGUGGUCAAUGACCAACCAGUCAAGAAUGUGCUUGAAAAACCAAAAAAAUUCGGACGGCUAGCCAAAUGGGCUGUGGAACUAGGUGAACAUAACAUCACCUACGUUCUAAGAAAGGUCGUCAAGGCUCAAAUCAUUUUCGAUUUUAUCUUAGAAGUUCCCAAAGAAGCCACAACUAAAGUUAACACCAUUAACACUGAAUCCUCUGACCCUGAUACCUGGAAGCUUUUUACCGAUGGAGCUUCCAGGAUUGAUGGGUCAGGGGCUGGGCUAGUCUUAAUCAACCAUGAAGGUUUAGAAUUUACAUAUGCUCUCCGGCUUGAAUUUCAGACAACUAAUAACGAAGCUGAAUAUGAAGCAUUGAUUGUUGGGCUCAAACCGGCCAAGGAAAUGGGUGUUCAAAAGCUUUAA